UAUUUAUUUUCAUUUUAGCGGCCUGUAGGCCUGCCUUUAGCCUCGGUCUACGUUGAGAGCCCGGCCAUCAGAGAUGUAGUGGCGUUAGAAUGUUGUAGAGUGGUGGUGUAGUUUGUGAAGCGGCUACUUUGCUAACAUAGCUAACCGGCCAACGUCGCCAACCUGUGCGAAACGACGGUAGUUAGUUAAAUUAGCAUGGCUAACGUUCGUUAGCAGACAACUAGUGAUAACCGAGUGGCACGGGCGUCUUUGGUUUGGUCGAACAUUACAGCUACACUGCUCGCCUAUAGAUGAUUAGCUAAUUAACUUGUGGCUAUCGAGCUAAGUCGGCUAACGCUAACAACUAAGCGUUGUAUAGCCAAUUCUCGACACUCCGUUAGCUGGUUAGCUAGCGUCUGUUAGAAUUAGCCUCGUUGUCGCCAUGAGGUUAAGCGGAAGCCCACCCAGACUUCAGAGCUGUAUGAUUUCCCCUCAAGUAUUAGCGAGUUGGCUAGCAUUUCGGCCAUGUGGCUGGCAAAAUGGAAUUAGAUAUGUUGGACGGGCCCCGGCUUUAGGCUAGUGUGUGGGUUAACGUUAGUACAAACAGGGUUUUACGUAACGUAUGCGAGAUUAAGCAGUUGCUGUCGAUAGCAAGGUUAACAAUUUGCUAUCGAAAAAGAUGCAGUCGGAUGCGUGAACUGUGUUUGUAUUUUGUCUCUCGUUUGGUGUUCAUAACAGGGCAGAUCUAUUUGUAAUAGGUUUGUAAUCGUAUACUCGUGUUUCACAAUAUGUAACGUUGGGUUGACUAAACACCACCGAGGCUAUUUUGAUAUAGAAAGCGUUGCAUAAUGCUCUGAAGAGUUAAAUACGCUAACGUUAUGCACUUGUAAGCCGUGACUGCAUCACCACCCAGUGUACCAUGACUUUUGCUUCGCGGGUCAGACCCGCGGCUAGCUUCGGUUUUAGACAUUGCCUUAGAAAGGGGCUGAAAACACCCUUUGUCAACGUCCGGGCGUCUCUGGAAACAAAGCUGAUGCUGUCUUCUUGAUAGCGCUGCUAGCUACCCCCUAUUAGGCAAUAAUAAUAAUAAAUAACAAUGCACUUUAUUUGUAACGCACUUUUCAUUUAAAAAAAUCUCAGAGUGCCACAGAGCCAGUACAUAGUAAAAACAUAGUUAAAACAAACUAUAAUAAAAUAAAUAGUAAGCAUAAAAUAAGCUACCAGGCAGUUUGAGGAAGUAGUAUUCAAGUGCACCAGACAUGUACGUUAUGACAAAAAUAGGUCAUAGUCACAGCUCUGUAAUUCCUCUCUCAUAUGUCUCUCCUCAGGUGUUAUUCCUUUGUAAAUACUGUUAUUUGUAUAUACUGUAAAUGAUGACGUCCAUGGGUGGGAACCGAGCCCGGGGCAGCUGGGAGCAGACACCGGGCCAGACACAGAGUCAGACACAGCACAAGCAGAGGCCUCAGGCUACUGCAGAGCAGAUCCGACUGGCGCAGAUGAUUUCAGACCACAACGAUGCAGACUUUGAGGAGAAGGUCAAACAGCUGAUUGACAUCACAGGCAAGGACCAGGAUGAGUCUAUGAUCGCACUGCACGAUAGCAACGGGGAUGUCAACAGAGCCAUUAACGUGUUGCUGGAGGGUAGCCCAGACACUGACUCUUGGGAAAUGGUGGGAAAGAAGAAAGGGGUGUCAGGCCAGAAGGAGACUAGCCAGCCAGAGACCGGAGAUGAAGGAAAAGAGAACCGGGAGAAAGGAGGAGAGAAAGAUGUAGCACGUCGCCGAGGUGGAGCUCCACGCAGGGGCCGUGGAGCCAGCAGGGGCCGAGAGUUUCGUGGUCAGGAGAAUGGCUUGGAUGGAGCCAAGGCUGGAAUAGCUGGAAGAGGUGCAGAGCGCGGCCGACGGGGAAGAGGCAGAGGAAGAGGGACCGUUGGAGUAUCUGGACGGCGAGGAGGCAGAUUUUCUGCGCAGGGCAUGGGCCAGAUUGAUAAGGGGCCCAGAUAUGAUAUUGCAGGAGGUGAGAGAACAUUCAACCCUGCUGACUAUGCGGAGCCAGCCCAGACAGAAGAAAGCUAUGGAGGGGGCAGCACCUGGAACAACACAGGAAGCGCGGAGCUCGAGGAAGGAGCUAGAGUGGAUUACGCUGCAGGAGAGGGAACAAAUUAUCCGCCCAAGUUUGACUCUGCUCCUGGGGCCUGGAGGUCUGCCACAGAGGAGUGGGGCACCGAGGACUGGAAUGAGGAUCUUUCAGAGACCAAGAUAUUCACAGCUUCCAGUGUGGCGUCCGUCCCUCUGCCUCAAGAGAAUGUGACCAUCACCAAAGGACAGAGGAUUGACCUUGCAGUGCUUCUGGGGAAGACUCCCCCAUCCUCCUCUUCAGAGACAGAAAACCCCCCCAUGGAGGCCACCCAGCCCCCAUCCUUGUCCCAGUCACUGGUUUUUAGCAACUCCAAGCAAGGAGUGCCACUCUCCCAAACAUCGUCCAGCACCCCUUACACCCAGCACAGCAUGGUCAGCAUGCUGAGCAAGGGUUUCGGGGAUGUGGGGGACCCUAAAGGAGCUAGCACAGGGACCACUGGUUCUCAAUUCCUGGAGCAGUAUAAAACAGCCCAGGCACUGGCCCAGCUGGCAGCCCAGCACUCCCAGACCGGACCGCCAAACACAACCCCUUCAUCCUGGGACACCAGUGCAGCCUCACUGGGACAGUACGAGAUGAAGACUCAGGCGGAGUCUGCGGUCCAUGCGCCCUUUACGAAGCGGCAGCCCUACCAGGCCGCCACCUCAACCUCGUCCAUGUUGGAUGUUUUCCUGCAGGACAAAGGUCUGCCUCCUUCCUCCUCGUCUUCUUCCUUACCACAACAAACAACAUCCUCAUCCCAUGUGGUGCCUCCGCCUGCUUCCAGUCUUCCCAAAAUGGCAGCAGUUUCAUCACUAGGUCAGCAAAUUUCCCCAAGUUCCUCAGACGCCCAUGGUUCUAGUCCACUGAUGUUGCAGCAACACAAACUGAAACAGCAGAAGAAGAAGACUUCCAUUUCAUCAAAGAUUCCUGCGUUGGCGGUAGAGAUGCCUGGCUCAGCAGACAUCACAGGCCUCAAUCUUCAGUUUGGAGCACUGCAGUUUGGGUCAGAACCAGUUCUACCAGACUACGAGUCCACCCCCGCCACCACAACACAGGCCAACCAGGUUCAGAACAGUCUCUACACUAGCCCCAGCAGUGAGUCAACUCCAGCUCUCUCCAACUCCAGUCAGAUGGACCUGUACGAUCAGAGAGCGUCCCAGACUCGCCGCUACCCUCCCUCAGCCUCUUCCUCGCCUCAGAAGGAUAUGCAGUCCAAGAAUGGCUUCAGUUCAAUGCAAUCUGCACAAUCUGUAGAAGAAAUGUCUCGUUUUCUAGCUGCAGCAGGCUCUGCAGUAUCGGUCAAGCCGGGCUCGGAUUCAGUCACGCCCGUCUCCAGCACGGGAUCUUUGGGUGACGGUGGCUCUGCCUCCUUGUUGUCUACAUCCAAUCAGAUGUCCCACAGUGGCCUGGGGCACAGUGAAGACCUGCCUCCGAGCACCCUCCCCCCUCCUCAACACAACAACUCUCACCCAUCACAACAGAACAGCCACCUUCAAUCUUCAGUCCGGACAUCCAACUCAAGCCUUCUGCAUCCCAGCUUAGACGGUGACUCAAGCCUCCACUCCUCCUCCUUCCCUUCCUCAGUAUCAGCCGUACCGUCAUCAGUUGCCUCCUCAUCCAUGGUGGCUGCUGCGCAGGUGUCACUAGGGGCCCCUCAGGCCUCUAUGGGCCAUGCCACAGUUUCAGUCCCCUCCGGCCUCGGCCACAUCAGCAGUCUGGCCAUGGGCCUCAACACGGCCUCCAUGUGUGUCCCAGCUGCUGCUGCUGCUGCUGCUGCUGCAGCAGCCGCCGCUGCUUCACUCGCCGCAGCGGCCUCGGCCAUUCCUCCUUCAGCAUCCUCACGCAGCUCUGCGGCAUCCUCAGGGAAAGCGCCUCCAAACCUGCCACCUGGAGUGCCCCCUCUACUGCCCAACCCAUACAUCAUGGCCCCUGGACUACUGCACGCCUACCCUCCCCAGGUGUACGGCUAUGAUGACCUCCAGAUGCUGCAAACAAGAAUACCGCUGGAUUAUUACAGCAUCCCCUUUGCAGCUCCCACAGCGGCACUGACUGGCAGAGACGGCAGCCUGACGAACAACCCGUACUCUGGUGACUUAUCAAAGUUUGGUCGAGGCGAUGCAUCCUCCCCGUCCCCAGCCACCACGUUAUCUCAGACACAACAGAACCAGACCCAGACGCAUCACACCACACAGCAGCCCUUCCUCAAUCCCGCACUGCCGCCUGGCUACAGCUACACAAGCCUCCCAUACUACACUGGCAUGCCAGGCCUGCCCAAUACCUUCCAGUACGGACCUGCUGUGUUUCCGGUGGCUCCUACCUCGUCAAAGCAGCACGGUGUGAACGUCGGCGUCAAUGCAUCGGCCACACCCUUCCAGCAGGCUAGUGGCUAUGGUUCCCAUGGAUACAACACUGGCUAUGAGGAUGUGGGCCAGGCUUCAGUGAGUGGGGAUUUCUGUAAGGGCGGAUACGGCACUGCCGUGGCCGCUGCCGCUUCUGCACAAAACAAGCCAGCCAGCUCUGUCACCGGGCCGGGAGUCGGAGUCUCUGUGACAUCAAGCAACACGGGGGUACCAGAUAUUUCAGGGUCUGUUUACACAAAGACGCAGCAGUCGUUUGAGAAGCAGGGUUUCCAUGCCGGCACUCCAGCGGCUCCGUUCAGCCUGCCCUCGGCUCUGGGGAGCGGUGGACCCAUCAACCCCCCGGCGGCUGCCGCCUACGCCCCAGCCCCCUUCAUGCACAUCCUGGCACCGCACCAACAACCCCACUCUCAGAUCCUGCACCACCACCUGCAGCAGGACGGACAGAGCGGCACCGGACAGCGCAGCCAGAACGCCUCCAUUCAACAGAAGUCUCAGAUCAACAAGUCGGCAUACAACAGCUACAACUGGGGGGCAAACUAACAUCAGCUGUCGGCCCUCCCCCCCCACGCUGUUGACAGAAGCUAGAAGGGGGGCUCAUCACUCCUUCCGCAAACAGUCUCCACAUAUAAACUCCCCCUCACCCCUCUGCAGAGAUUCCCUACCCAGUCUCUUGGCCCAGCACUCCUGCAGCUCUGACUGCGGUCAGAGGAGGUGCUGUGCCGAGAGAACCAGCACUAUAAUGAUGCAUGGAUGGGCGGGAGGGACAAAAGGGGCUUAGAAGAGAGGGGAGAUCGGAGCUAAAUGGUUAUAGAAAUACACCGUCAAGAGGUGAAAUAUUGAGUGUUGGGAAUUUGUAUUGUGUUAAUCCCCCAGCCUCACCCACUUUUCUUUGACUUGUAUGUAACAUAGAACUGUUUUCUAAAAGAAUGAAAGAACGUUUCCUGUAUGGUUGUUUUUUUUGUUUGUUUUUUGUCUUCCCCCUCCCCUUUUUUCUUCUUUUUUCUUGCAGUUGGGGAGGACUGAAGUAAUAUCUAAAGGUGGGGGGGACAGGCUGGUUUUGUAUUUCUCACCCUCGACUCCCCACUACUUCAUUUUUUGGUGGAACACAAAAUACCCAAACACAUAAAUUAGCUUAAUUGCUGUUGAAUGUUUUUUUUUAAAUUUUUUUUUUUAUGUCAUUUUAAGUUUCAAGAAACAAUUCUCUAAAUUGGUAGAGUUGUGAA